AUGUCAUCCCCUGAGCAAAGUGAAAUAAGCCAGAAGGCAAAUGUAGACAGGUAUGCCCAAUUUGUUUUAAAGUUCCAGAAACCCAUUCAGCCUUACAUCUGCUCAACUCUGAAUGACUUUCAAGAAGAGAGAGACUUUUUGGCAAACUACAUCUUUCCUCAGCUCAAUGAACUCUGCAAUUCCCGGGGCACAUAUUUCAAAGCUGUAGACCUGAGGUGGCCAGCGUUGAUGGCCCCGCCACCCUUAUCCUUCAACCUGUGUAGACAGCAUUCUUGUCUCCACUCCCAGUAUCUGAAGCUCUGUCUCGACUAUGUGAACACCUGCUUUCCCUUUUUCAUCUGCAUGCUGGGUCAGACAUACGGGGACUUUCUCCCUGACCACGUGCCUUUACUGUUCUCCAAAGCAACUGACUUGUCAAGUUUAUCCACAGUAGAGCAGAAUCUCUAUGUUGCUGCAAAAAAUGGUUAUCCUUGGGUCCUGGAGAGUCCCAACUACAGUUUGACGGAGUUUGAGAUCAUCCAAGCAGCAUUUCUGAAUGAGUCUCAGUUUCAGUAUUUUUACUUUAGGACCGGAACCACGCUGCUGAAGACGUUAGAUGAGGAAAAAGAGAGGCUGUCCUCAGGCUCUCUGAAUGAUGAAGAAAAAUUAAGGAUUGGAAAACUUAAGGCCAAGAUUAUUAGCAAAGGACUCCCUGUCCGAUUUUAUAAAGAUCUCCACGAGUUGGGUGAGCUGGUUUUCAAGGACUGGUCAGUUGUGAUAGAACAACUUUACCCAGACACUUUAAUGAUUGAAAAUAUGGACUCUAAGCACAACUUUGAACGUUUCUAUCAUGAAGAGUUUACUGAGAAGUGCAAGCAAGUGUUUGUUAUUUCCAAGGAAUCAAAUAGAACCUUCGAAAUCUUGGAAAGAUUUGCUUUGAAGGAUGUGGGAUUUGAUUUUAACAGUGCCACAGCAGGUUCCAGUUUAGAUUCUCUUCUCAGGUUUUUCAGAAUAAAUCCUCUUCCAGUUUACAAGUCUAUUUUACUCUUGUCUGGAGAACGUGGUUGUGGGAAGUCUACUCUGAUCGCCAACUGGGUGAAUUAUUUCAAAAAGAAAUACCCCAGCAUGUUGAUGAUCCCUCAUUUUGUGGGCAGCACUUGUGAAAGCAGUGACAUCAUGUCCGUGAUACAUUACUUCAUCACAGAAUUACAGUACAAAAACUAUGGUACUCAGCUUGACACUGAUCUUCUUGAUGAAGACUCAAAUGUGUUGGUCUUUUCACUUCUUGUGGAAGUCUUCAUUGCUUCCAUCAGUUUAAAGCCAUGUAUACUUGUCCUGGAUGGAAUUGAAGAAUUGAUUGGCAUUUAUGGGAUUUCAGGACAGAAGGCAAAAGAUUUCUCUUGGCUGCCAUGCUUACUGCCUCCUCAUUGCAAAUUUAUCAUGAGCACUGUCUCCUCCAGCUUGUCCUACAAGUCGCUGUGUGCCCGCCCGGAUGUGAGGACAGUGGAGCUCCCAAGUGUAGGAGACGAAGAAGUGAAACUAAACAUCUUUCAACAGUAUCUCUUCAUUCCCAACAAAGACCCGCUCCGACAGAGCAAACACACUUUGAGGAAAAGAACAAACCUGAAUCCUUUAAAACUCACAAUCCUAGCAAAUGAGCUGAGAGAAUGUAGAAUCUACCGAGAUGAGUAUCAGUGUCUGAAGGAGUACUUAGAGGUGGUCUCUAUUCAGGAGCUCUGGGAAUUGAUUCUGAUACGCUGGAUUGAAGACUAUAGCUGGACUUGCAUACCAAAAAGGGCCAAUUCAGACACAGUGCCUUCAGGAGAAGUGCUGGAUGGCUGGGUGGUCGAUGCUCUGUGCUUAUUGAGCAUCUCACAUUGUGGAUUGACUGAGGAUGAGAUAUUCCAGAUUUUGGACAUGCUGGGCUACAGAGAUCAUUACAAGGUGACCACGUUGCACUGGGCUGCCUUCCGCAAUGCCACCAGACAGUGGGUCCAGGAGAAGCCCAAUGGCCUCCUGUACUUCAGGCACCAGUCCCUGCGGAAUGCUGUGGAGCACAAGCUUCUUGGUGUGCUCACUCCUGUCAGAGAAAGCAGUCCAUAUACCUUUCAGAACCCAACGAAUCACAGGAAAACACAUUUCCACCGAGUCUUAGUCCGUUUCUUCCAACGGCAGACAGCUUUCUGGAGAGUGUAUGAGGAGCUGCCGUGGCACAUGAAAAUGAGCGGCUCCUGGGGGGACUUGUGCAGCUUCCUCUCAAGCCCCAGUAUCACAGAUUUUAUAUCAAAGAUCCAAAACCCAAGCUUCUGGACAGGGCUGCACCUCAUCCACUACUGGAAUGUGUUGUCAGAAGUUGGAUACGAUGCUGCUGGGGCCUAUUUAUUCACAGUGGCCAAGAUUAAAGCUGAUAAGUGCCAUAAAGUGAAGAAGAGACAUACCCUCUCAGUGCUGGAAUGCAGGCCUUUUGAGGUUACCACCACUGACAAAUGCCGAUUAAUGUUCUUUAUUGCAAAAUUUCUAAAGCUUAUGGGCAAGACCAGAGAAGCAGAAGAGUUGUUCUUGAGUGUCGAGAACAUGCUGGUGCAGAGUCAGUCCUUGACAGAGAUGCUUCUCAAAGUACAGAACACUACUGGAGAACUCUACCUUGAAAUAGGAAUGACUCAGGAGGGCUUCCAGUAUUUCCAGAAAGCCUGGUCCAACCUGGUGGAAUUUUCACCCAGCAACAUGAAAGACAACCAGGACUUCGUGAAGCAGAAAGGCAGAGUGCUGAACAACCUGGCAAAGUCAGCAACUGAGAAGUACUUAAAAGAAAAUCACAUUUUGGAAUGUGCUGCUGAAAUUUCCAGCUUAUUGGACAACAGCCCCCGUGAUCAGGCUACCAUGAAAUACACUGAAGGUGUUCUGAUGUUUGUUGCUGGAAACACUUCUCUUGCAAAAAUGAGAUUUCAAGAAUGCUUAACUAUCAGGAGAAGUUUAUUUGGCGAGAAAAACAUCCUAGUUGGAGAAAUUAUGGAAUUUUUAGCAGAUUUACUAUUUUUUCUACCAGGAGAUAGUGAAAGAUUCCAAAAGAAGCAAGCAAUUGAGUAUUAUAAACAAGUGAUACAAAUAAAGGAGAAUGCGGGGACUUUCGCCAACUCCUCACUCGUCAGGAAGCAGCUGAGCAUUAGCCUCAGUGACACCUUGUGUAAAUUAGCAGGUCAGUUAUUGAUAAGUGACUCUGGUCAUCACGUCAUGACUGAAGCAGUGGGCUAUUUGUACAGAUCACUUGAUUUAAGGGCGACCUACCUGGGAUCUUCUCAUUCAUCAAUCCAUGGAAUCCUGCAGCUUCUGAGGGAAAUUGAGUGGAUCAGGAGUAGGAGAUGUUGGCCUCAAGGCAUCAGCCGGAAAUAUUCUGAGGGUUCUAGGAAUGGCACCUUGUUGUGGGAGCACUUGCGUAAAUUAAACUACCACAGUGCUCAGAGUUCUAAUACAGUGAGCUCUGCAAUAUGCAUGAAUGCAGACAAGCUACAAAGAGCUAAAAGCAUGGGCUUGGAAUCUCAUACAAUUUCAGAUAAAUCAAAAUGUGCUUCCGGAAAAGGGAAAAAGGUCUUGAGACCCAUUAUUUCCGUUUCUGUUGAGGAGAAGGCCCCACGGAAGACACAAAAUAAUGUUGAGCUAUGGAAUGGCCCAGAGAAAGAAGCUUCGCUGAAAAAGCAAGAUUAUUCCUUUAAGAUCUUAUCUUUGAGUAAAAUGGAUGGUGUAGUAAAGCCUUCACCGCACAGGAUUUUGUCAGCUAAAGGCAAGAGUGAAAAAGGCCAAAUCACCACGGUUUACCGGCAUCCCUUGGCAAUAGGGUCUCUUAGUACAAAUAAUCCCUGGGAAUCCAUAUCUGAGCUCAUAUCAGAGAAGUGGUUUUUUCAUAGCCCAGAUUACAGUUCAAUUUCCCAGAAGAGUUUUUUUGAGAGAAGACCUCCGUUUGAAACCAAAUUGUUGAAGACCUCAAAUGAUACUAAUAAAGUAUAAAAA